UAAGGCUAAGUUUCGAAAGUAAUGAUUGGUAUAAAUAUGUAUCAGGUGCAUAUUUAACUUGGACCUUUCAUGCAUUUAUAACUGCAUAGCAUCACUUCCCAUAAGAUGAAAAUUUAUUUGAAAAGAAUGGAAAAUUCUUUGGGGGAAUUCAAACUACCUGCCUCUAGUCUAAACAUCGACCUCUCCCUGUUUGAAUCCCCAGAUUUGUUUCCAGAAUUACGCGAGGAACAUCCCGACCAAACGAAUGUUUCAGAGACUCCCGAGAAAAAAGAUCUUCAAGAAGAGAAACGAAAACGUCGAAAAAGGAGAUCGUUGACAGGAAUCAGUCGUAAACGACGCGAAGCAAACGCAAGGGAACGACGACGUGUUGAAGAACUCAACCAUGGUUUUGUUUAUCUUAAAAGAGCAUUGCCUUUGCCUAAUGUUGACAUCAGCAAACUCGAGAUUCUGAGACAGGCUAUAAAAUGGAUUGAUCAUUUAGAAACAAUGCUGGAAAAUUAUGACGAUCAAAGAGAAUUGCUGACAAUCAGACAGAUGGAAACAUCAAAACCUGAAGAUUUAAUAAACGUAACUGAUGGUGCUACACCUGCAAAACAUGCAUGUCUAUAUCAUGAGUUCCCUGAUUUGAAGAACGCACUUUGGGAAGAAUCCAUUGGUUUGCAAGGUAAGAAAGCAGAGAUGUUGGGACAGUUAUGUAAGAUGUGUCAAACUCAUACCAUGCUGUUGUAA